GCACUCGCGGGCGCGCGCGCGGACGGCCGGGCGGCGGCAGCGUCUCACGGAGCUGGUGGCUUCACUUUCCAGGACUCGGGGGCGGCCACAGCAGCAGCCGCGGGCAACAGCCUCGGGAGCCGGAGCUGGAACGGCCGCGGGCGGCGGCGGAGGCGCUGAGGGAUCUAAAAUGUCCACUGAGGCACAAAGAGUUGAUGACAGCCCAAGCACUAGUGGAGGAAGUUCUGAUGGAGACCAACGUGAAAGUGUUCAGCAAGAACCAGAAAGAGAGCAAGUUCAGCCCAAGAAAAAGGAGGGAAAAAUAUCCAGCAAAACAGCUGCUAAAUUGUCAACUAGUGCUAAAAGAAUUCAGAAGGAACUUGCAGAGAUUACGUUGGACCCUCCUCCCAACUGUAGAAUAAAAAGCUCGGAGAUGAACGUUAAAUGGCUUGGCCUAAGGCCCCAGUCACAUAUCCAUGCUGGACCCAAAGGAGACAACAUUUAUGAAUGGAGGUCAACUAUAUUGGGACCCCCAGGAUCUGUCUAUGAAGGAGGGGUGUUCUUUCUUGACAUUACCUUUUCACCAGACUAUCCGUUUAAACCCCCUAAGGUUACCUUCCGAACAAGAAUCUAUCACUGUAAUAUUAACAGCCAGGGCGUCAUCUGUCUGGACAUCCUAAAGGACAACUGGAGUCCAGCCCUAACCAUUUCUAAAGUUCUCCUCUCCAUCUGCUCACUUCUUACAGAUUGCAACCCUGCUGACCCUCUGGUGGGCAGCAUUGCCACACAGUACAUGACCAACAGAGCAGAGCACGACCGGAUGGCCAGACAGUGGACCAAGCGGUAUGCCACAUAGGGGCCUGCUGCUUGCUGCCCCCGCCGGACCUGUGCAAGCACAUUCACCAAGUGCAUCAAUAGCCCUACCCAACCCCCUGCCCUGACCUCGGUUCUUAUUUUCUUAUUUUUAUUAAAUUUUGAACCUUUUUCUGAUGGUAUGUCAUCCAUACCCCACUCCCUUUUCCCUCCCUCCUCUUCCUCCUUUUCCUUCUCUUUUCCCUCUACCCACCCCUCCCCCCUUCUCAAUUUAUUCCCUUUUUUGAUUUCUAUUAACUUGAAAGAUUUGGGGUUUUUUUUCCCACCUCAACAUGGAUGGGAAUUUUGUUUUCAGUGCAAACAAUGUUGGAUCUAUAAUAGUAAGAGCUUUCUUACAAAGCUUUGUAUUACUGUGUGGUUUUGUUUUUUGUUGUUGUUUGUUUUAUUUUUUUCCUUUCAUGUGAUCUUUGGGAAAACACGAAUUCAGAAUUCUAUCUCAUUUCUACUUAAAUGUAGUGCUUAGGGUUAAUUUUUUGUACUGAAGUCUUUAUUGGUGGGUGCAUGCUACUGGGAACAAGUUUUUGUACAAAAGCUUCAAUCAGAAUCACUGUGCAUUACUGAGACUCUGUUUAUCACUAGCCUUCUGUCCCCCACACAGAAGACUGUUGGAUUGAACAAAAUAAUAUGUAUUUUGAUUUACUUAAAGUGCUUGUAAAUUUCUUAGGGACCUGCCACUUUUGACUGUGGAUCAGUUGAUGUACACUUGUAUUAUUAAAGCACUCAAUAAAUCACUGUGGCUGGUAAAUGCA